CGGCACCCACAGCCUCUCUGGUUCUCGCCCGCCCUUGGUCUUCCCCUCCCCCACAAACUUCCAGCCCAGCGCAGACAACAAGCGAUCCGAUUGAGAAGAGCAAAGAAGAGGUGGAAAGAACAAGCAAGCCGAAAGCAGAGGGCAAAGGAACAGCCCGCAAAGCAAGCCACACCCCUCAUCCAUCUUCACCACACAUCACCAGCAUCGCAAGCCCAAAUUUCAUCAUUCCCUACCUACGUUAUAUUCUCCUGCUGAGCUGCGCGCGGCGCACUGCCACCUCCAUCUUCUCAUCCUCAUCAUCUGGACCAAUAAAUUGCUUGUGCCACUCCCUUGCUACCUCGCGCUCUACACCAGUCCCUCAGGCGAGCGCUAUCACUACUGACCUCAUUUUAUCCCGCUCCUCUUGCUGCACCUAGUUCGACCACCUUGCGACGCUCGUGACUAGGCCUUACAUUGCCUCGAGUCAACCUCUUCCUCAACAACCUCCGAGACACUAACGUCAAGACCGACAUCUGCACUUGUCGGACCGCCACAUACCUGCGACUCAUCGUCUUACCCUUUAUCCUCAAGCUACCUAGUAUUCCCAGCCCUUCAAGCAGAGAUCAGAACUCGACCUGGAAGUCCUCUCUCCUGUCCUCCUUGAAGUUCCCUACCUUCGUUUCCUCAAGCACGCUCGCUCGAGACACUUCUGGUAUCCGGCCCGAGGCUCCUAGCGCAUUCCUGUCUCUUUCAAGCUGGCGGGCACAACCGAUCGGAGAACCUCCUCGGGAGGCUUUCUCAAUCGCGUCUUUGGAGGCAAGAAGGAGAAGGACACAGACUCGGAGAGCACACCCUCUCGAAUCAGCACCGACAGCAACCAAAAUGGCCCUACUUCUCCAGGUGGCACCAUCACAGUCAAGACCAACGACUUGAGCCCCAAAUCCGAAACUCGAAAGCCAGCAGAAGAGGCCUCCGCUUCGCCUACAGCCGACCCCAAGAAGCGGAGGAGCAGUAGUGCCAAAGCCAAAGAGAUCUUUACUCAGGCCAAAAACUCGUUAAUCCACGGCGACAAGGACGGGCCCCAAACACCCAUGCAGAGAUUGUCCAAGACCGAUGCCGCACUGAGCGUGCCACAAGGCUCGCUGAACAACUCGGCCGGCGAGUCGCAACCUACGCCGAACUCAUCCUUUUUGGUGGGCGUGACGGAAGACAAGAACAAGAAAUGUCGCCGCACCAUGGAAGACACUCACUCAUAUCUCUACAACUUUCUCGGCACGCCUGCGCCCGUACUCUCCUCCGACAGCUCAUUAUCCAAGAAAAAUUCCAGGGAAGAUCGGAACAGUCUCAAUACCAUCCCAUCCAAUUCUGGCCAACAUGUGGUGGAGACCGACAAUGGCUACUUUGCUAUUUUUGACGGACAUGCUGGCACCUUUGCCGCCGAGUGGUGUGGGAAGAAAUUACACGUCAUCCUGGAAGAACUAAUGCGCAAAUACCCCAAUACGCCCGUACCAGAGUUGCUCGAUCAGACAUACACCUCGGCCGACAAUCAGUUAGAGAGAUUGCCACUCAAAAAUAGUGGGUGUACAGCGAUCACCGCGGUGCUGCGGUGGGAGGACCGCGUGCCCACCAACCAUUCCGCUACGGGGUCUCAAGCUAUUGCAUCGUUGGCCGCAGCAGCAGCUAAAGAGGCGGAAAAGAAUGAGAAGAACAACGAGCCACUGAAAGACGGAAAAGACUCCACGCCGAGGUCCAACUCAACGGCUGAGGCGGCGGCAGCAGCGAUCCAAGAAGCCAAGCAAAAGGCCACGCGACAGAGAGUGCUUUACACCGCUAAUGUUGGUGAUGCUCGGAUUGUUUUGUGUCGCAACGGGAAGGCGCUUCGUCUGUCGUACGACCACAAGGGAAUGGACGAAAACGAGGGACGGAGGAUAUCGAAAGCCGGAGGAUUGAUAUUGAACAACCGGGUGAACGGGGUGCUAGCGGUGACGCGAGCAUUGGGCGACUCGUAUCUGAAAGACUUGGUCACCGGACAUCCUUAUACAACAGAGACUGUGAUUCAACCUGACCAAGACGAGUUUUUGAUCUUGGCCUGUGAUGGAUUGUGGGAUGUCUGCUCAGACCAGGAAGCGGUGGACUUGGUCCGCAACGUUCACGACCCUCAAGCCGCGUCGAAGAUACUAGUAGAUCACGCGUUGGCACGUUUCUCGACCGACAAUCUGUCCGUCAUGGUUGUUCGAUUCGAUCCGCAGAAACUACAACACAAUACCAAGAUGGAUAUUGGAGUGGAGACUGAAACAACCAAGGAUAAACUAGCGAUCAGCGAGGUGGAGAUGCUUGUGGGAGAAGCACGGCGGCAUUCCGGACUGGCUCAAGAAGGGCAAAUUUCUGAUCAGGACUCGGAAGAACUGAGGCAGUCAGUGAUCAAGGAACAGGAAGAAGAAGAUCAGGAAACGGGGCCAGAGUACACACCGGAGGGCCAGACCGAGGCCGAGAAGAUCUUGUCGGAGAAGAAAUCGGAGCAGGUGAAGCCUAGUGAAAGUUGAGUUGAUGUCUGGUGCUGUCUGGGGUAACGCAAUGAGGAGGAAUAGAUGACUUGCCUGGCACGAGAUGGGGCCAUCAAACUCCAAACACGCAUCGAAAGGCGGUGAUGCAUCGCCUAUUGCCGCCAGAAUGGAGAGCCUGCAUCAGUUAGGACACGUUGUCGAGACGAGUGUCAGAUUGAACCGGUGUGCCCAUUUCGAAUCUGUGGUCUUGGAUAGGCCAGGCCUCGAUCGGAAAUAUGUCGCCAUCCGAGACAAUCGAAGCAUUCUCAGGAUGCAUUCUAUUGUUACUUUGGGGAUGGGCUGGCCCAACAGACCAGCAGCCAACAAGCUGAGCGGUGGAGUUCUUGACAGGGGGAGAAGAAGCGCAGCAAGCAUAUUGAGGUUUUGCCCCAAAGUCUUCUCUCUCAGAUCACGGAAGAGCCUGAUCGAGUGCUUGACCGGUGUCUGGUGGGUGACUUUGAGGGAUUUCGUGAUUGAAUGAUGAUUCAAUUUGUGCACUCGGGAUGCAGGUUUUUAAGCAUUCUUUUCCUUCGUAGACACGAGCAUGGAUCAUGGGGGUGAUUGCCAUUGUGAUGGUCCAAGACCGAGACAAGGCUGAAGGGGACAGUCUAAGGGGUUUCGGAGAAAGGGAGGCGGGGAGAAGGCAUUGGCCCUUCGGGUACAGUACGAUCAGGGAGAGUCUGAAAGGGCCAACUAGGAGUAUCCAC